UGGACAACAUGACAUUCGCAAUAAUUUUGUAAAUUAAAAUAUUUGUCUUGGUUUUUUUAUAUAAGGCUGUAUAAAAAUAAAGUUUAAGGAUAUAAAAGCUUGACACGUGAAUCUUAAAUCAGUGUCCCGAACUAUACUGCAGUGAGAGAGAUGGUGCGUUUAGUGACAAUUGUGGUACUUCUGGCUGUGGUCGCUUGUGUCAUUGCGGCACCAGGAGGUAAGCGCAAGCACCAUAGACCAAGACAAAGAGUAUCUGCUUCAAAAGGCAGUUUAGCGUUAGGUAACUUAUCCGGAGGUAGCUUUGGAGCUGGAUCUUUCAGCAUCGGUCACGGUGGUACCAGCAAAGGCAAGGGAGAUGGUGGUCACGGUGGUAAUCAUGGUACCAAUUCGUAUGGAGGAGCAGGCGGAGACGAGGGCCACAACAGUUACGCCUGAACUUAUAAACAGCGUAGUACUUCAAUUGUGGUGUGAUUUUAGGAUUUCGUAGGUAAUCAUUGUGUCACUCUAGGGUUGCUAGUGUGUUCUGUUCGAUAGUAGAUAUUAUACUAGAUCUUACAUUAUUAUAAACGUUUAAAAUAAAUAAUAUUCCCUUUU